UGAGCAUUUCGAGCCAAGUUGACAUCAUGACAGACCACAGAGAAUUUCUAGCAGCCGCAAUUAUUUUAUUGUUGGCCAUGCGACAUUGCAUUGCCGUUCCCUAUGGCUCGCCUGGCAACGAGAUUGACGGCGAUGGCAGCUACCAGGGCACGGGAGGCAGCUCCGCCAGUGGACGAGCCGUCGACUACCAUACAGUCGUGGGCCACUUUAAGGACUUCUUCAUGUAUCUGCCAGUGAUGAUGACCACAUUGAAGGAGACCAUGUCCGGUUUUCCCAAGUUUGCCGAGGGCAUGCGCAUCCUGACCUCGGGCAAGGGCCGUGUGGACGGCGAGGACUGCAAGUGCAACCAGAACAGUUUGGCAAUUGGAUCCAGUGCUGAGGUAUUGGACAAUAGCAGCCGAUUUGGUUAGGACCGCGCUGGGAGCAGUGACUGUGUAUAUAGCUUGUGUAAAUAUGAAUAUGAAUACCUAGUGCCAAGUAAAAUAAAUUAGUGUAAUU